GUGGGUUAAAAUCUGAAAUAGCAGUUCCAUUCUGAAGGGGAGUAACCCUGCCCAGGCAUCAGGGCGCAUUCCAGGGCAGUUUUUAGCUGCCAACAUCAGAUUAGAACCAUUUCUGUUGGGCUGAGAGCUUGCUUUAAUCUACAUAGCUACAGCCGGGAAGCAAGUUAACUGGAUCUGUAGUGUCAUCUUGACUGCCGGCUGGGAAAAUAUUCAGGAACAUGUCGAAUCCAGCAUGAUCUUGAUGACGGCACUGUGGAGUAUGUGUGACUGCUAAGAGGAGCUGUUGAGAACACUGCCAAGGAGCCUUUCCAAUCUUCCCCCCCACCAAUCCCGCAACGCUGGCCCCCAUCAUGUCAACAGAAGUUGAGAACAGCGUACAAACCCAGGCCGAGCCGGCCCUCAUCAAAACCCCCUCCAAGAAAGAGAAGAAGAAAGGCCCAGAGAAGACCGAUGAGUUCCUGCUGGCCAGGUUCCAAGGUGAUGGAAUGCGCUAUAAAGCCAAACUGAUCGGUAUAGAUGAUGUUCCAGAGGCGCGAGGGGACAAAAUGAGCCAGGACUCCAUGAUGAAACUGAAGGGGAUGGCCGUAGCUGCUCGCUCCCAGGGAAAGCACAAACAGAGAAUCUGGGUCAAUAUAUCUUUAAACGGGAUCAAAAUUAUUGACGAGAAAUCUGGGGUAAUAGAACAUGAACAUGCGGUGAAUAAGAUCUCCUUCAUUGCACGGGACGUGACCGACAACCGAGCCUUUGGUUACGUGUGCGGUGCAGAGGGCCAGCACCAGUUUUUCGCCAUAAAAACUGCCCAGCAGGCUGAGCCUCUUGUUAUUGACUUGAAGGAUCUUUUUCAGUUAAUUUUCAAUAUGAGGAAGAAAGAAGCAGAGGGUCUUAAGAAGGAUGAAACUGAUAGCAAGGUGGUAGAGAAUGGCGGUGAUGCCUCGCUCAGUGCUGAAGAGAAUAAAGGCGCUGAACAUCUGGACCUGUUUGGAGACAUGUCGACCCCGCCCGAUUUGCAUGCCCCUUCAGAGACAAAAGAUUUCCUAUUGCUGGAUCUAUCUGCUGACCUUGACAGCAAUCAGAACUGUGUAAAAGGGAAUCCCUUCACCACAUCCUGUUCCCCUGUGCUUUGGCCCAGCUCUCAGUCCAGCGCCUCGCCUGAAAACCCCUUCUCUUCCCAGCACAACUUCUUUCCCCCUCCCAUCCCCGACCCUUUCAUCGAAGAUCCCUUCCGCAGAAACGACAAGUCUGCACACCCCAGCUCUGCAGUAGGCUCUCUCAGUCUAGGGCGGGAGAGUUCCGAUCAUUUCAUUAGCCAGCCAAAGGUGAAUGGCGGCUCUGACUACUUUGGUCAGCAGUUUGAUCAGAUGUCCAGUAGGACUGUCCUCCAGGCGCUGUCUGACGGCCAGUGGCCGCUGGAUGCUAAGGUGUCGGAAGCGGCCCCCUGGGCUGAGAGCGGCAUCCCUAUGAAGGAGCAGGGCGGUGUGCUUAGCAAACCCACCCAGAACCCCUUUUUUCAAGCCUGCGAUAUAAGCCCACCCUUGCAAAAUGGUGAAAAACUCGAGCUGGCGGGCAGGCCGGAAACGUCCUUCCCCCCGGACAAGGAUUCGGUGAUCAUUAGCCCUCCUCCGCUCAGCGCUAAAUCCGGACGAGGACGGAGGAGUGUGAAGUCCCCUACAAAUGACCUUUUUGGAGCAGACCUGUUUGCUUCACCCCAGCCAGAAGCCUUUCCUACAUCCCAGGCAGACACUGCACAGCUCAAUCCAGUAGAUCUCUUCAACAGUGGCCCAGUGAACCAUGCCAACCCCCUGGCAGCUCUGGGUGCCAUGCAGCUGGGGCAGCCAUCUGUCCCUGGGACAGCCCCUUGGAGACCACCUGGCACCUCCAUGUUCCCUAUUCCAGGUGCAGUUCCGCAGGUCACAAUGGGAGGUCCCCAACCAUCAGCAUUCGGGCCACCUGUGCCAGCGUGGGGGCAGACAGCUCCGGUGUUCGGUGUUCCACCCGGCCCCCAGCCCCCGUCCUGGGGCCAUAGGCCUCCCCCAGGGCCUCCCGGAGCCUGGCCCCAGCCCUCUCCCAUGUCCAACCCGUUCCAGCCAAACAUGUUUCCCGGGGGCCUGCAACUCAGUCCCCCGCCACAGCCACCGCCCCGGCCAGCACCACUGAAGGAGCAGCCCAGAGUGGAGAACAGUGCCUUCUCCGCCCUGGACCCACUAGGGGAGAAGGAGAAGAAGACUGGCAAGGACAUGUUCAAGGACUUCAAGCUGGCCAAGCCACCUGCGGUGCCUGCUAGGAAGAGUGAUCAGAAGGAGGUUCCAAGCCCAGACAAUGGUGCUUUCGACCAAUACUUCUCCAGCAAAGUGGGCCUCGCUCAGGAUUCAGCUGAUCACGAUGACUUUGAUAUCUGUCAGAUGUCAUCCCCAGUCAAUGAGCCACCCAAACCGGUGCCCCGGCAGUCCCCUCCAAUCACUGCUACCCCUGCACUGGCCCCUGCACUGGCCCCUGCACUGGCCCCUGCACUGGCCCCUGCACUGGCCCCUGCACUGGCCCCUGCCCCUGCAUUGGCCCCAGCAGCAGCCCCAGGCCUCUUUGAUGACCCUUUUGGGGCCCAAACCUUUGGAGUGCCUCCCAUCACGAACGCUCAGGCUUUCCCACCAGCUGCUGCCGCUGACCCCUUCGGAGACCCCUUCGGUAACCCCUUUGCCUGAGUGCCGCCCGCCCUGCCCCUGGCACUAAUUCCCAUGAAGGCUUCGUGUUGGCCAGAGCUUAUCUUCGAAGCAAAGUAACAGAGCCAGCUUCAAAAUCCAGCUGCUGCGACCUGCCCCGGACAGUCCGGAUGUGCUGUCACUGACCUAACGUCACUCCAAUCUUCACUCCAACUCUCUUUUAUGGACAUCUGACGGCCCUUAGCUUAGUUUCUGGGAUCUCACUACCCAUUCACUGCCAUUUGUGCUUCUAGAUCGUUUCUAAGUGCGGCACUAAUGAUAACAAAUGAAGGGUAUAUGCUAUAUGCUGAGAAAACACACUUUUCCCAUAAUUUGCCGUGAUAUUCAAGGAUUGCUCCAGAUGCAGACCGAAGCAUACACACACAUAAAAGGAAAAAAAUGAAACGGGCCAAAGUAUUUAACACUAAAGAGAGGAGAAUGAGUCCAUAUGCGUGCUUUGUUGAGACUCCCUGGCAUUCACAGGGCACUCCCCCACAGCCCGUCUGUCUAUCUCUCUCUCUCUGCAUCACAAGCUCAUGUUGUUUCAGGGGAUAAUUUAUAAUGUGCUGCUUUGAUGAGAAUGUAGAACAUGUUCUCACCACAUUUCCCUCCUAGGCUGCCUUCACCAUUAAAAUAUCACCAAUGUUCACAGCAUUGUCACUUUGGUGCAUUUUUCAUCACUUAAAGCCCAUAAAUCCUGUAAGAGAGUGGUACUGGUGGAGCCCAUUGUCUUCUUCGCUGUUGCUUCAUUGGCACCAUGCUUCUGAACUUCAGCCAAUCAAGCAUUCUUUUUGCCCCUUUCCUUCUUGUGCAUGCAUCUUUGGGUUUAGCACUCCCAGAUUACUGCCUCUGUUCACUGAAUUUGAAUUAUGAAUCCUGUAUAUCCAACUCUGUAUGCAAUCCUUGAUCUAGUUCUUCUGAUCUAGCGAAAUAUAGCUUUAAAAUGCUUUUACUCCAGAUCAUCUCAGGAUGUUGUGUAUUUCUGGCCUCGAGUCAAGUCAUUAAUGGCAGAACAUUAAGCUCCCUGCUCUGUUGGAUUCGAUUGACAACAUGGUCGUCCAAGUAUCAUGAAAAAUAAAGAAAUGUUUUGCCUCAA